UGCUGGUUCAGGAGGAACUCCGGUUCCUCGUCUCUCUCUCUCUCUCUCACGGCUGCUGAGGAUGGACGCUCGGAUCUUCACCCUGCACGUCCUGAUGCUCUGCUGCCUCAUUCAAGGCUCCCUGCAGGGCGUGCAUCAGCGGCGUCUCUACAAGGAGCUGAUGAGGAACUACAACCCGUUAGAGCGGCCGGUCAGCAACGACUCCCACAGCCUGACCGUCCACUUCAGCUUCAGCCUGCUGCAGAUCAUGGACGUGGAUGAGAAGAACCAGGUGCUGACCACCAACAUCUGGCUACAGCUGUACUGGACAGAUUUCUACCUGCAGUGGAACAUGUCCGACUAUCCAGGUGUGACCAACGUCAGAUUCCCUGACAGCCAGAUCUGGAGGCCCGACAUCCUGCUGUACAACAGUGCUGAUGAAAGGUUCGACGCCUCCUUCCACACCAACAUCCUGAUCAACUCCACCGGCUACUGUCAGUACCUGCCACCAGGAAUAUUUAAAAGCACCUGUUACAUCGACGUUCGCUGGUUUCCGUUUGAUGUGCAGCGCUGCGACCUGAAGUUCGGCUCCUGGACGUACGGCGGCUGGUCUCUGGACCUGCAGAUGAUCGAGGCUGAUGUCACCGGAUACAUCGCCAACGGAGAGUGGGACCUCGUGGAGGUUCCUGGACGGAGGAACGAGCGCUUCUACGACUGCUGUAAGGAGCCCUACCCUGACGUGACCUUCACCGUGGUGAUGAGGAGGAGGACGCUCUACUACGGACUCAACCUCCUCAUUCCCUGCGUCCUCAUCUCCACCCUCGCACUCCUCGUCUUCCUGCUGCCCGCCGACUCCGGAGAGAAGAUCUCCCUGGGUAUCACAGUGUUGCUCUCUCUGACCGUCUUCAUGCUGCUGGUAGCUGAGAUCAUGCCGGCGACAUCUGACUCUGUUCCGCUCAUAGCUCAGUACUUCGCGACCACCAUGGUGAUCGUGGGUCUGUCGGUUAUCGCUACAGUUCUGGUUCUGCAGUACCAUCACCACGACCCCGACGGGGGACACAUGCCACAGUGGACCCGUGUGAUUCUGUUGAACUGGUGCGCCUGGUUCCUGCGGAUGCGGCGUCCCGGUGAGGCAAAGGUCCGUCUGGCGUGCCACAACGCCGCCAAGCGCCAGCGCGGCAGCCUGUCCAGCCUGGAGCUCAGCGUCAGCCAGGGGUCUCUGCGACAUCACCCGCAGGUAACCAACGGCAACCUCCUGUAUGUGGGCUUCCGGGGCAUGGAGGGGUUGCACUACGCCUCACCUGCUGAACCCGAGCUCCUCUGUUCACGGCUGGUGGGAGGCGGCGUGGGCGGGGAGGAGGACGUGCUGCGAGCAGGGGGCGGAGCCGGAGGAAGAGGAGCAGUAGGGGGCUCCACUCCGGAGGCCGAGCUGAACCAGAUCCUGGAGGAGGUGCGAUACAUUGCCGGGCGUUUCCGCGGCCAGGACGAGGAGGAGACGGUCUGCAGCGAGUGGAAGUUCGCUGCAGCGGUGAUCGACCGGUUGUGUCUGGUUGCCUUCUCACUCUUCACCAUCCUGUGCACCAUCGGUAUCCUCAUGUCGGCUCCCAACUUUGUCGAGGCCAUUUCCAAAGAUUUCUUCAGCUGAGGAGGAGGAGGCCCUGAUAUCAGCUGACCCUGAUACCUGCUGUCUUUUUUUUAUUAUUGUCAACCAAUCCCCUGUACAGACCCGAACCAAAAAUACCCGUCUCUCAGCACCGUCUCACUUCCUGUCUGCGGCUCUCAGCUCCGAGCCCAUUGGCUCCUGCUGAAGACGUAAAUCUUUAAAAAACACCUCACAAAUAUAUAGUCUCAUUUUUUAAAAAGGCUGCUCACUGUAGUUUUUAUCAGGCUUGGAGUCCAACAGUGACUCAGUUUAACAGUGAAGAUAAUUGUCCAUAUGCUCAGUGUGCUCCAAAAUACUGAUGAACACACAGCUUAGCGCAGCUCGGCAGCUGUUAACGUCUGAAUCGUUCCCCACAUCACAUUUUCUCAGUGAUUCAGCUGUGUUUGGUGUUGGAAAAGCCACCGAGGCAGCCGGAGCUGUAAAGGCUGGGUUAAAGCAAUACCAAAGACAUUUUGGGAAAUACGCUUAUUCCCUUCUUGCUGAGAGUUACAUGAGAGGACCGGCACUUUGCGUAGUUUAGCAUAAACACAAACAACAGUUUGUUGUUUUUACAUUUCUGUUUGUGUACGCUGAACAAACCAGUCACUCCUGUUGUUAUUCUUUGUCUUACUUCUAUCUGGGGGAUAAUCGUGCUCUAUUAAUACCCCCCCACCCCCACCCACACACACACACACACAGAAAUUGGCUAACAUGAACACAAAGUCGGUUUGAAAAAUGAAGUGAAAUAAAAUGGCAGUUCAGUCAAAUCAUCAGGCUACGUAACUUGCUUGCUUCCACUGGUGAAGAACAGCAGACGUAGAUGGUCGGCCUGUAUUCAGCCUUGCUUUGAUCAGGGAAACUUGUGAAACUUUGUGAUAACAGGUGUGUGUAUAUAUGUGUGUGUGUGUGGGGGGGGGGCAUCAUUACCACUGUUUCGGUUCAAGGACUGUCUUUGUCUUCGGAUGUAACUAUCAGUGUUUAUUAGCUGCUGUCAACAGGCCAGCUUUCCUCUCUGCUGUCUGCACAUAAUCAACACAGUCGCAGGUAACGGCUCACCUUCCUCCAUUUGCUGCUGUUCAUUCUUUAGCACGAAAAACAACUUUGAAAAAGACCGAAAACAGACUUAAAAAAUGGUCCGUUGACACCAGUGAUUUGCUUCAGGUCAGUAAAUAAUUGUACACAUGUAUAAUGAACUUUGUGUCAUGUAAACUUUUUGACUUCAGGGCAGCUGCAUCGAGAGCUCAUUUAAACUGAGCUGUGAGAGAGUGAGCAUCCAGUCACAGCCAGAGUCCAGUUAAUAAUCACUAAACAGAGCAGUCCAGGGAUUCAUUCCCACAUGCCAUUUAGAAAAUAACAUUUUUGCUUUGGGGUUUUUGAAGAACAGAGGUUCUGUAGCAAAUGAAGCAAUUGUACCGUAUUUUAACCAAAUACUAAAUCGUUAUAAAAAUCCCCAAAUAUCAGGCUGACAAGAGCUGAAGAGCUCAUUUCACCCACGGCUCAGGUGUAAAACGAGUCAGACUAGCUGCGGUCUGUUAUAGAUGGGUUUCCCGUUUACAAAUGAUCAAGGAUGCACACGCAGCACAGGGGUAGAAACCCCAUUUCCAGAAAGCUUAUAUAUGGACGUUCAGUGUAUAGAAAUAAAUCCUGCUGAUUCCUCAGAAUAUACCAGACACUCGAUAUACUGUAUGCCAGAUGUGUUACAUCAAAGCAAAAACUCAUAUUAGAGAUGACUGAAGUGUAAACUGGCAAAACUUCACUCACAAGAAACUACUGAUCAGCCACACAGCAUCACGGAAAAACCCCUCUGGACACGUUUGAAACAUUCCAAACAUGACAAGGUGUUGCGUUUUCCAUCCAAAGCCGCCGGUUUGCACAGCUGUCACCAAAUCACACACGUCAAGCUAAUCACCGAAACACUGAUCACAGAGCCCGGCAAACGGUGCGAGCUGUUUACCUGAGCCGCUCGCCAGGUGCACCACAUGAAGUCCAGGGCUCUGACCAGAUCGCUGGCGCUAACAGCUAAUUCUGCACUGCGAGCUAACCUGGAGGUUUCCUUCUUGGGACAAUGAACAUUUCCCACCCAUUACCUUUGUGUUUCAUGCAGUUUAAGGCACAAAAACAACUUGUUCAUCUCCUUCUGAGCUUUUGGUUUGUCCCCCCGCCUCUGCGUGCAUCUCACUGAUGACGUUACUCGGAAACCCAUCUGUGACCCAUGUUAAUAGUUGCUUGUGUGGUGUUUAUCGUGUUCAGAUACAAUCUUAAUUGCUAGCUUGCAUUAAAGCUGCAGAAUUAAUCAACAAAUAAAAUGAAGGAGUUCAUCCACACAUCAGCCGAGUUUCUCGCAGUGUGAACUAACUGCAUGACUUUCUACAUCAACACUUCCAACCAGCUAAAGAAAAUAUUCUGAAAAAUAUGCAAAUGUGUUUUCAUAUCAGCUGCUGUAGAAAGUACACACAUCCCAUAGAGACAUUUUCCGCCUUAGAUGAGCUCUGUUUUAAAGCGUGAGGAGAUAUUAUAGAGAUUUACAUUUUCCACUCAGCUAUUACAGUUCUGUACAGUUCCAGAUCUUUUCCCCAGUUCACAUAAAAUGGCCUCAAUGGGACCUCAAGAUGCACAACUGAGAAAAUAAAGCUGAUUUUGUUUAAAUGUUUAAAUGUCAAUUUAAAAUUAUUACAAAAGCCUCCAUUAAAAAGAUGAAAUGAAACAUUUCUAUAUGAAUUCUUCUGAUUCUUGUGAUUUCAGGGAUGAAACCUGAAUGAUUCCGGUUCAGUUUGUGACGUGUUUGUUCGGGUGGAGCUUUCAGACCGGCCGUUAACAUGUUCCGCCUGCUUUCUGUUCACUCUGCUGUUCGGAAAUAAAUGUAUUUUCAUAUACAUCAGGCUCUGAUGUGGAUCCUUCAGGCGGUGAUGUGUACAAUUUGAAAAUGUCCAACUUUUUGCGCAGUCAGAAAAGGCCCUGGCAGAUUGCAACAAACCCAAACGCAGCUCUUCUCCGUCCAAUUCGGCAUAUAUUCAACACCACUUAUUAGAUUUUGACAAAAUAUAGUUUGCCGGGUGAGGCCCAGCAGGUGUCAGGAGUCGAUUUUCAGUACUCGUGCUCACAAAUGAGUCAUUUGUGCCCUUAACUUACUGUGAAGUGUAACUUCAGUUACAGGAUGUUGCGGAGGAGCGUUAGCGGCAGGCUAG